UCAGUCAAAUAUAGUCUUUAAAAUGUAAUGUUCAUAGAAAUAGUGUUUUUUAACCACUUUCUUUCGUAUUGUUUAUUACUUUUGGUGUUAUCUCCCGUAGUUGUCAUGAGCUAUUUUUUAACCCAAAUUUGAGGAUGUAGGUCAAGCUGAACCAAAGGCAUUUUCCAUCAAAUUAGGAAUUUGUUGCAAGGGACCGAAACGAGAUUAUGGACCAAAUAUUAGAUCAUUCUAAUCAGACUUGGUACACCAUCCAAAGGCAAGAUACAAAAACUAAAAGUAAUCAUAUCAUGCAUUGCAACUAUAAACAACUUUUUACUGUCGUAUUCAGUAUGGUUGUAUAGGUUGAAACACGCACCCAAGUAAUAUACUUAUGUCAUUGAGACAUUUAAAGCGGCUUGUUAUCAUAUGUACAUAAAAUGAAUAUUUAGCUGAUGUAUAGAUGUUAGUUUAUGGAUUGUUAUGAUAAUAGCCUGGAGUUAAUUUGAAUACAGCAAUCAAAAUAUGUAGUAAAAAUAGCAGAUAUCGAGAACACGUGAAAUGGAAUUGAAAUGGUCGAGGGAAACAUGCAGGUUGGACGAACUUGAAUCUAAAUUUAAACUGCCUUGUGUUGUUAAGAUAAAUGAAGGCUUUUAUACUGAGUCGACAUCAAAUGGUUUUUCGCAGGGUGAUAUUAUAGGGAUAGACCAGAAAAUGAUUAUACACAACAUUUCAGCUAACUUUGUCAAAACCUACGAAGCAGAUAAGCCUAAAUUGAAUGACAAAGAGAUUCUAGUGCCUUUGAAUUAUAAUAGGAAAGUGAAAAUUGUACAGAAAUCGAAAACUUACUAUUCAAUGCAAGAUCUGAUUCUUGACUUUCCGAGGUACGCCGAAGCUGGGCAAGACCUUUUAGUCACGAAUGAUGACGAUGAAACAUUGGUUGUACAUGCUGGGGAAAGAAUUGAAUUGGAGAGACUUUUACCAGGAUCAAGCGGUGAACCCGACUCGUUGGUUAUACGGUUUGUACAUGAAGGCGAUCCAGUUGAAGCUAAAUUAUGUACAACGACAAAAGGUGUGUUCAAAACCCUACCAGACGACAACGAAUAUACAUUGGCAGACGUUGUUGAAAGGUUGGAACUUCCUCAAAUUGUUUCUUUUGUCGAUGGUGACGUUCAAAAUAAGUGCACGCAAGAUUUGGUUGAAGGCAUUGUAAAAAUGGUCUCAAUAUCAGGACGAAUACAGAUUAAUAGACUCGUCACACAAACGGUUUUAGUUGGACAUUUACAACCUAUAGGUCAACUACAGAAUGAUAAGGGUCGCUUUCGAAAGAAAACCCAUAUUGCCCUUCCUCUCGAUCAUCCUGGAAUACGUGACACUUCUGUCACCGUAUCACAGAAUUACGAUUAUUACGACAGAAUAUACGAAGGCUUUCUUCUCGUUAAAAACUUAUCAGAGGACAUGCAAAUAAUUAACACCUUACAUGUGGAGUUCAAAAGAGAAUUUUCAAAGCCAAGAACAUCGACCUCCGAAAGCAGUAAUGAAAACAAAAAAAGAAAGCCGAAGGUGGCGCCAAAACCGAUUAUAGCUUCUAAAAAACCACUAUCCACUGCUAAAUGCCAAAGUCCAACUCCUGAACUUCCUAAGGAUAAAGUCAGUGUUGAUGGGAUUCAAGGUGAUGAUUUGUCUAAAACUCCUGCCCCUCCACGACCUCCUCCAGUUGAGUGGCAGAAAGUCGACGCCGUUUACUAUUUAGUGCCACAAGAGCCGUCGCUUAUAAAGAAAGACAACUUGACGUCCUCAAGUUCAAAUGAUGACUAUGAGGAAUACGACGACUUUGUUCAAUCACUAGCCACAUCUUCUUCACCAAAUGCAGAAAAGAGUAAGGUAGUUAUCAAAAAUGAGAAUCUACCCAAAGGCUCAAACGAGCAUUGCAAAGGAGAUGUCGUAGUCAAAGAAAAAGGGUGCGCCCUUACUAAAGAUCCGUUAGAGUCAAAUGAUUCUGAGAAUAAAUCACUGCUCAAAUUCAUUCGAAAGGGAUUAACGAAAGCCAAAUCCCACUCGUUCCCUAAAAAAACAGGACUACAGGUCGAACGCCAGCUGUCAUUAGACAACUCCUUUGAAGAAAGGUCAUGCAAUGAUAGAGGUGGAACUCGUUCCUCAAAGGCAAUGGUAAAAACAUCUGCAUUGCUAGAUGUUGGAGAUGUUGGAGAAAAUAUCGGAACUUUUUAUGACGACAUCGACGAGUGUAACAUGUUGUCGGAUGAAGCUAUCAAUAAAGCUUCAAGAAACCUCAACAGCAACGAGUGCGGACUUAAGAAUUUUUUUAACGAUUUGAGAUGCGUAGAACUUGUCAAUGAACUCAACAGAGUUAAACUGUUUGAUUUGGCCGAACUUUGCAAAAAGGAGCAGCUCGACGGUAAAUUCUUUGAGAUGGUGUCGGAUGAAGAAUUGAAAAACGCUUUUAAUUUGAAGAACGCGGAUGAAUUUCAAAGAUUUAGAAAAUUAAGAUCUGAUCGAUGAAUCAGCAGAAAGUUAUGAAAUUUAUAAUAUGGAUAAGCUGUUAUCCGUCCGUUGGGUGACAGUGAAAGACAAGGGAUAUGAUUCUUAUACGAGUAUAUGCUUUAAACAAACAUUAUACAGUGUACAUAUUACUGUAUAAAAAUGAAAUAACA